AUGGGAUCUAUGACGGAACCCCGUGUACCAACCACCCCGGAUCAGCGAUGUAUUGAUGACUACCGUCCGAUCAAAGUCAUUUGCAUCGGGGCCGGGAUGUGUGGGAUCGCUGUUGGCUGUCUCUUCCCUCAACAUAUUCCCAAUCUAGAGUUGACGAUAUAUGAGAAGAACGCUGACGUUGGCGGGACGUGGUUGGAGAACCAUUAUCCUGGACUACGUCCUGGUAAGCGAUUAUCGGGCAACUCCCCCAGGAAACUGAGAACUAACAUUCCUCCGGACCUUACACCACAUGUAUAUCAGUACACCUUCGCUAGUAACCCCAACUGGUCUCGAUUCUACCCACCCGGAGCGGAGUUCGAGGAGUAUCUAAAGACCGUCGCGAAGAAAUACGAUGUGUACAAGAACACGAAAUUCCGUCACAGGUUCAUCAGCGCUCGGUGGCUUGAGGAGCAGGGGCAGUGGGAAGUCACCCUUCGGCGACUAGAAGAUGGAGUAACUAUCACGGACCUAGCAGAAGUCAUCAUCAAGGCCACUGGGUUCGUCAACGAUUGGCGAUGGCCCAACGUUCCCGGCCGAGAGAAGUUUACAGGGACGAUGCUUCACACAGCCAACUGGGAUGACAACUUCGACCCAGCCGGCAAGAAGGUUGCCGUCCUCGGCUAUGGAUCCACUGGCGUCCAGAUCACCCCAGCCAUCCAGCCGGCCGUCAAGCAGCUCGAUCACUAUGUGCGCGGAAGGGUCUGGGUUCCUCCGGGGGGUGGCACUAACACGGAGGAAUUGAUUGAACGAGGAGUCCAAAACAACUUUGAUCAUUCCCUCGAGGAGCGCAAGCGAUUUACAGAAAACCCCGAAUUGUAUCUUGAAUUCCGCAAGAAACAAGAGGCCUACUGCAACAACGUACAGCGGAUUUUCUUCAAAGACUCCGAGGCACAGAAGCAAUUCACCAUGUUUCUCGACGCAAACUUGAAAGAAACCACGAAGCCGAAACCCUGGCUGUAUGGCGUUCUCAGGCCCGAGUAUGCGCCUGGUUGCCGGAGACUCAUCAUGGGCCAAGCGUGGCUAGAGUGCAUGCAGGAAGAAAAUGCCAACAUCAUCCCCAAGGACGUGAAGGAGUUUACGGAAAAUGGCAUUGUAGACGAAGACGGCGUCGAGAGACACUAUGAUGCUAUCAUUUGUGCUACAGGAUUCGACACUCGCUUGGAUAGCAGUGGCACGCCUUUCAUCGGCAGGAACGGAAAACCGCUCUCUGAAGUGUGGGACCCAGAUCCGGUGGCCUAUUUCGGGGUAAAUCCUGAACAAAUGCCCAAUCUUUUCUUGAUGUUCGGUCCCAACACGGCACCGUUCGCAGGCUCGAUUGUUCACACCUUCGAGUCUACGGCUCACUACAUCAUCAAAUGUGUGCAGAAGUUGCAACGAGAGUACCUCAAGUCGAUGGUGUGCAAGCCGCAAGCCCUUCGCAAUUGGAUCAAACAUGUCGAUCGGCACAUGAGUAAGACUGUCAUGUCUGACAGUUGCGUGACUUGGUUCAAACGCAACAAGCCUGAUGGCCGUACGAUCACCAUGUGGCCUGGUUCCGCCAUGAACGGCCAUAUCGGCUGGAAGAACCCACGGUUCGAAGACUUCGAGUAUACCUCAUGGCUUCCUGAGGACGACACGCUGGCGUGGCUGGGCAAUGGAUGCACGGUGGCAGAGUUGACUGGCGUGGGAGAUACGACCAACUACAUGGACUACAAAGAUGUGUCCAAGAUCCUCCCCGUACCGACUAAGGACUAUGUCCCGCCUGUAUUGCCCGCCUUUGGACAGAAGGCGCCUAGUGAGGUCAACGGCGCAGAGACAAAUCAACAGGGUUUAGAGCAACAGCAUGCGGCUUUGGAGCAUGUGGACGGCAACACCAUUCCGAGCACAGCAUUGGAUGCAAAGGCACCAGCGGGGACAAAACUUGCUGCCAGUCACGAGAUCGCACCGCUUGGACCGAAAGUUGAUCCUGGUACGAAGCGCUUUCCCCCCCCCCGCCCUGAAAGUGGCACGGAAACAUCUUCAGAAGAGUAA